AUGCUGCAUUCGUGCUGGGCCGCUGCCUUUUUGGUUGUGGUCCUGUUGGGCGCAUAUCCGGCCUCUGCUGUGCGAACUAUUGUCAAGUUGAAGGAGUGUGGGUACAAAAGCCUUAACAAAGCCAAAGUCACUGACCUGAAGGAUGGAAGAGUACAGGUCAAGUUUUGCGAGGAGACAGUCGUGCUUGACUCAAACCAAUCGCAGACCGAUGCGUGGAAGUCCUUAGAUUGGUGGGAUCCGGCGCAGCAGGGGAAGAAGCUUACGGAGGAAGACCUCAAGGUCUUGGGCAGUUACCUUGGCCAGUACGACUAUUCCCGACCCAUGGGCCAGAUCGGACAUGGGUUGUUGCCCAAAAACUACGAGGGAUUCCGCGAGGACAAUCGCAGAGGCAACGACGCUGCAAUGAUGCGUGCUGUCUUGAACUUCGAGGUGUCCCUGGCCAACACUUUGAACAAGCUGCCCGCCACGGGCGCAGCGGAGCUGUACCGGGGAGGCUGGACUUCGGCGCAGCAGCUUCGGGAAAUGCAG